CCAUGUGCGCUUCCACAUAAUUGACAUGGCGGAAUUCCACACUGGUCUGGUCUGGUCCACCGUGGACUUCGCAGCAACGGAAUGACAUUCUUUCUAUUUCGGGCAUUUAGGGACUAAAGUGUUAAUAAGCAAGAUUUACUGAAUCCAAGGCUGUUGCACGGAGGGCUCCAUGAAUGUUCGUCACCAUGAUGAUGACGGACCAAAUGCUGGACCUCCCUCUUACAUUGAGCAACGAGGUUCCCAUGAUGCACCACAUGAUCAAUGGCGAUGCACCACAGCAGGUGAUCCUGGUCCAGGUGAACCCAGGUGAGACGUUCACCAUUCGCACAGAAGAUGGGGCUUUGCAGUGCAUCCAAGGGCCUGCUGAAGUUCCCAUGAUGUCACCGAAUGGUUCCAUUCCACCAAUCCACGUUCCUCCUGGCUACGUCUCCCAGGUUCUGGAGGACAAUACGGGCGUGCGGAGGGUUGUGGUGACACCUCAUUCCGAAUGUUUCCCCCCCAAUUACUCUCCGGCUCUGUCCCCGAGCCACCACAUUCACCCUCCAUACCUGACGCACCCACACUUUAUUCCAGCCUCACAUACGUCUUACUACCCUCCCGUCAGCCCUGGUGAUGUGUCCCCACACCAGUUCUAUCAGCAUCGACUGCCCCCUAUUUACCCGGAAGAGAUCAUCCCGCUGUAUAACAUCUCCACUUUCAUGGGUCAUGAGGAGUACUGUAAACCUCCACCCAAGAAGAUCAAACAACCAGUGGAGCGUACAGGUAUAAGUCAGGUGACCAGCUCGCUUUCCAGCAGCUACAAGAACAGCACGGCCUGCACCACCAUGGCGAACGGCCAUGGAAAGAGCCACAGCAGCUCUGGAGGAGGAGGAGGAGGAGGAGGAGGAGGAAGCCCUGGCAACAAGAGGCCAGAUCGAAGAGCCAGAGGAAGCCCCAAACACACAGACACCGAGCCACAAGAUCAUGAUGUGGACACGAGACGAGUUCAGGCUGUGCCAUCAGGAAUGGACAAGCCCCAGGUGUCUAAUGUACAGGCCCACUCCGCACUUGUGUCGUGGACUUCUGUUUUCUUGUCUGGAUCAUCUGGACGGGUCCCUUCCUGUAGUUACGAGCUCCAGCUCAAGGACAAGGGCCGUGAAGGGAAAUACAAGGUUGUGUACAGUGGUGAGGAACUCCAGUAUACCCUCACUGACCUCAGACCAGCCACAGACUAUCACAUCCGAGUAAGCACGGUGUGUAACUCUGUCAAGGGUCCCAGUUCGGAUGCGAGGGCCUUCACUACACAGAGUGCCCCUCCUGACACCCCUCUACCCCCCAGACUGUCCCAUCGCACCAAGAGCUCCCUCACAUUACAGUGGAAGCCCCCUGUGGACAACGGCUCAAAAAUCACCAAUUAUGUUCUAGAAUGGGAUGAGGGGAAAAAGAACAGCAUUUUCCGCGAAUAUUACGUUGGACACCAGCGACACUGCAAAGUAAUGAGGUUGUGCCCUGCUGUCGGGUACACUUUUCGAGUGGCAGCGCUAAAUGAUAUUGGCUCCAGUGGGUUCAGCACAGAAGUCGUCUUCUACACCACAGGAAGUCUCCCACAGAUUUCCUUGCCUCCACGGCUGAUAAAGGCAGGUCCGUCCUGGGUUAAGCUGGAGUGGACUCGACCAAACAGCUGCAGUGCUGAGGAGGUGGUCAUGUACACCCUGGAGAUGCAGGAUGAGACCAAGGGACUGAACUUCCAGGAAGUUUACAGCGGUUUGGAGCUGAACUGCAAGUUGGAGUCCCUAAGAAGGAACACGCAAUACAAAUUCAGGCUCAUCACAUGCAGCGGUGAGUGGCGCAGUGCACCGAGCUCUCUGCUUGUGUGUAAGACCACCCCAGACAGACCCGGACCCCCUGUGAAUCCUUCAGUAAACGCAGUCACAUAUCACAGCUUCUGUGUGACAUGGGAACCUCCACAAGAUGAUGGUGGAUCGGGAGACUUGACUUACGUCCUGGAGAUAUCAGAAGGGAAUUCCGAAGCAGAGAGGCAGUGGGUGACUCGCUAUAGAGGACCAGAGAGAAAACAUCUGUGUGAGGAUGUAAAACCAGCAACAAGCUACUCCCUGAGACUCAGCUGUGUUGAUGUGGGCGGACAAAGCCAGUGCUCAGAUGACUUGACGGUGCACACUCAUAUUCCGCCCCCUGGCCGCUGUCGACCCCCAAGGAUCAUGGGUGACGUCAAACACAAGGAACUGACUUUGCAGUGGGAUGGUCCUGUGUGUGGUGAAGAGAGUGAAGGUGUGGAGUUUAGCUUGGAGAUGUGUGCAAUAGAGGAAGCUUCAGAGCCGACGGAGGUGUACCGUGGAUCUAAAACAGAGUGCACUGUGGGUAAUUUGCUCCCUGGCACUACCUACAGGUUCCAAGUUCGUGCAGCCAACAGUGUUGGGUAUGGACCUUACUCCGAAUCUGUGGAAAUAAGCACUGCCGCUGGCCCCCCAGGACAGUGUAGUCCUCCUGCCAUCAAUGUGACAUCACACACUUGUGCUGAUGUGACCUGGGAGAACAACGAGAGCUCUGGGAUAGACAUUUCUGAAUACCGGCUGGACUGGGGACGUGAUUUGGACUCUCUUGAAAUGGUUUACAGUGGAUCGGAAACCUACUUUCAAAUCUCCAACCUGGAGGCGUCAACAGACUACUGCUGCAGGCUACAGGCAGUGAACCAGGCAGGGGCGGGCCCCUACAGUGAUCUGGUGACGUGUCGGACCCCCGCAGCAGUCCCUGAUGUAGUAUCCGGAGUUUACCUGCUCGACCUCCCUCCGACCCCAUCAAAAAGUGAGUCCUUCUCCCCCUCCACCUGUUUGGCCCUCACCUGGGACGAGCCCCACUGUAAUGGAGCAGAAAUCACCUCCUACAGCAUCUAUGGAGACGACAUCAUCACCACCGGAAACGCAACCUGCCACGUCAUCAGGGACCUGCUGCCGGACAGCGAGUACAGCCUGCAGAUUCGAGCAGAAAAUGAAAUGGGCCCCGGGCCCUUCAGUCAGACCCUAACGGUGAGGACAAGGCCCCUUCCCCCCUUUCCGCCACGGCUGGAGUGUGCAGCGGUCGGACCCCAGAGUCUCAAACUACGCUGGGGUUUCAGCAGCCGAAGUCAACUCAACAAUGACACUACCUACAUUCUGCAGAUGGAGGACAGGAAUCAGAGGUUUGUGGUGGUUUACCGAGGUCCGAGCCACACUUUUAAGCUGCAGAGACUGAGCGAAUCGAGCCGGUACCGUUUCCGGAUCCAGGCAGUGAGCGAGGCGGGGGAGGGGCCAUUUUCUGAGAUGUACACCUUCAGCACCACCAAGUCUCUGCCACAAACACUGAAAGCCCCAAAAAUUGUUCAACUAGAGGGAAAUACCUGUGAGGUCACAUGGGAGAGUAUUCCACCAAUGAGAGGAGACCGGAUCAGCUAUGUGCUACAGGUGCUGGGAGGCAGAGAAUCUGAUUUUAAACAGGUGUAUAAGGGAGACGAGACGUCCUUCCAGCUCUUCGGCCUACAGUGGAACACAGACUACCGGGUGCGUGUGUUUGCAUGCAGGCGCUGCGCAGACACCCAUCAGGAGCUGUUCGGGUCCCUCAGCCCGUCUGCUCACUUCAACCUGCGGCGGGCUGACGCCACACUGGCUGUGGAAGCGGACGUCACCAGGGUGCCCAUGGGAAAAACCUUCACAGAUGAACAGUUCGCCGGCCUCAUAGUAUUUGGGGUGGCCACUCUCUCGGUCUUAAUGGCCUUCUUGCUUCAGCUUCUGAUUUAGACUUGAGUCGUGCAAAUACACUUUUUACAGUUUUAAGAACGACCACCUGAGCAGAUUUCACAUUAUUUUUUAUUACAGGUUUUUUUUAACAGUUUUUCUAUAAGGUGAGUUACAGCUUUAAGAAAUCAGUAAUGAUGAAAUGUACUGUUUGGCGUCUGUGCCUGUUUUUUUGUUUUAGUUUAAGAUGCUGUAGCAUAUUUUAUACAUUUUAUAUUUAGUAUUUAGGAGAUUUUUAACACUAAAGUAAAAAGUGGCCUUUCCGAUCUCAAGUUAUGCAAGAAUGGAGUUUGAGGAUGUUUUUUUUUAAUGGUCAGUUUUGAUUAACUUUGAUUUAAUGUCUAGACAGAUAAACAGCACCAAUAUUCUUUCUCUUAUCUGUGCCCCUGGAAAGUCUGUCUAAAAGCUUCUUAAAAGCUUUAUUACUGACGAUUGUCUUAAAAAAAGAGAGAGAGGUGUCCUUGGGCCGUCUGUACUACAAAACACCAGCAACUGUCAGUCCAAAGAGAGUCAAAUGACAGUCUUUGCAAUCAAUCAAUGUACAGUGUUGUGAAGUCUGGAGUGUUUGUACCUCAGGGACUUAAUGUGAUGUGAACCUGUGCCUUUAAAUCCACAAUUCCAAUCUUUCAUGACAAAUCAUUUCAGAUCUGCUGCUUACAGUAUUCCAUUAACCCUUUACCCUGGUCACAUACAGUACAUGAUCAUGUUUACUAGCUCAAUCAGCCCUUAACCAAAGUUAGUGAGCAAAAAAGGUAUACACAAACAGUUUGGUUGGAUUUAUUUAUGCUAUAUACUUUUACUUUAUAAUGCAAAUCACAGUGCAAUCUUCAUUUAUUUAUUACAAGAAUCAGAAAUGUCAUAUUCAAUAUUUUCCUCAUGUAGCAUGUCUUUUUUUAUGACAAAUCUUUAUUAUUAUUUUUUUCCAAAUAUACCGCAGCAUUUUAACAGCAUUAACCUGUCUUAUUUCAGAUAUAUUUGUAUUGUUUGUUAUUCUGUUUUUUGCUUUGGUUCUGAAAAGGUUGAUAUCUGAUCGACCUUGUGAUUUCAUCUGCACAACUGCCAAAUCUUGGCCUUUUUAUUUUUACUUAUUUUAACGACUCCUCAUCGUAUAAAUGUAUUGAACUUUUUUUUAGACUAACAUUCCAUUGUUUUCUGAUUUUAAAAAAGGUGAAAUGACUUGACACUAGAAAACUUGAAGUGGAAACGCUUGAAGAACACUUUUUUUAAGAACUAUAGACCCAGAAUCUUUUUAAGUGGAAAACAAAUACUUUUUUCUUUAAUUUUUUUUUUUAGUUGGAUAUCAGGUAAUAAGUGGCCUAGACAUAGUUUUCCAUGCUUGCAUAUUGUUUCAUGAAAAUCAUUCCAUAUUACCAUUUUUUUGUAAGCAUAACGGUCAUAAUUAUUGAUGUAAAUUAUAAUCAUAGACAUAUUUUAAAAAAUGGGAAAAAAGAAAAAAAAAGUACCGUAUCAAUUUAAAUGUAUAGAUAUUGAAAAUUACUACCCUUUGUAUUUAAGAUGAUUAUCUAUCUGUAGCAUAUAUGUAAUAUAUUUAUACACAAUAAAUUUUUUAAAAUUUCUGAAACAA